AUGGUUAUGGUAUUAAUUAAAAAAAAAAAUCAUAUUUUUAAUAUUUAUUUUAAAAGAAGAAAUUAUUAUUUUUCUAUUAUAUUUCUUUUAUUAGUUAUUGGUUAUACAAAAGUAGAAUGUAGUUUUCAAAUACAAAAAAAUAAUAAUUUUGUUACUCAAAAACAAUGUGAUAAACCAUGUUUUAAUAAUGGUACUUGUAUUAAUGGUAGUUGUGUUUGCCCUCAUGGAUGGUCUGGAGCGCAAUGUGAUUAUUGUCAUGGUAGAAUAAGCAUAUCUAAUAAUCAAAAAGGUUUUAUAUUUGAUGGUCCUAAUAAUUAUCAUUCAUCAAUGAAAUGUACAUGGAUAAUUAAUUAUCCUAAAAUAAAUAAAUCAAUGCCUGUUCCACCAUUACGUUUACAUAUUGAAAAUUUUGAUACAGAAUGUUCCUGGGAUUAUGUUUAUAUUUAUGAUGGGGAUGGUGUUUAUGGUAAACAAUUAGCAGCAUUAUCAGGAUCUUUAUCAACAGUUGAUUAUGUAGCACCAUCUGGAUCAGCUUUAAUAUAUUUUACAAGUGAUGUUGCUUUUAAUAUGGCUGGUUUUAAUAUAACAUAUGACUAUGAUUCUUGUCUUAAUAAUUGUUCAUAUCAUGGAAAAUGUGUUAAAAGUCAUUGUAUCUGUGAUAAAGGAUUUCAUGGUGAUUACUGUGAAAUACCAUAUUGUGAUAUUGAUAUGAAUGGUAGUAGAGGACCCUGUUUAAAUGAAGGUAUAUGUAAAAAUGGUAAAUGUGAUUGUGGUAAAAAAUAUCAUGGAGAAUAUUGUCAAAAUGAGAUAACAGAUUUAGUAAUUGAUAAAUUAAAUUAUAAAGGUUAUUUUGAGGGUAGAGCAUCACAUACGGCUGUGACAGUUGAUGACAAUAUAUGGAUAUAUGGUGGUACAUAUCUAUCAGGUGUUACUAAUCAAGAUAUUGUAGUUUAUAAUAUUAAAAAAAAUGAAUUUUCUGUACCAAAUAUUGAUGGUAAAAUUCCUGAAAAUAGAUAUGAUCAUAGUAUGGUUGUAUAUAAAAAUAAAUUAUAUAUUUUUGGUGGUGUUUUAAACAAAAAAUUAAUAACAAAUGAAUUAUGGAGUUUUGAUCUUAUAACAAAAGAAUUUAUAUUAUUAAAUGCACAUAAUGAUUCAUAUUCAUCAUUACCAUUAGCUGUUGCUGGUCAUACAGCACAUAUAAUUGGUGAUGAAAUGUAUAUAUUUUUUGGAUAUAAUCCAUAUGAAGAAUUUAUCCAUCAAACACAAAUAUAUUCAUUUACAAAAGGAAAAUGGAGAAGAAGUGAAGUUGAUCCAAAUAUUGAAGGAAGAUAUGGUCAUUCAUCAGUUUUAAUUAAUUCUCCUGAUAAAAAAAAUAUUAUUCUUGUUUAUGGUGGUUAUAAUGCUCCAAUUGACGAUUCAUAUUCAUAUUUAAUAAGUAAUCAAUUAUUAGAAUAUGAUCCAUCAGAUAAUAGUUGGAUAGAAUUAGAUCAUUCACAAGGACCAAUAUAUAAACAUUCUUCUGUACUUUUACAUGAUACAUUAAUUAUUGUUGGUGGUAAUGCACAUAAUGAAAGUAGUUUAAAAAAAGAAUCACAAUGUUUAUCUAAAAAAAUUUUUUCAUAUGAUGUUAGAUGUAAUGAAUGGUUUCCAUUAUCAAUAACAUUAGAUAGAGAAAAUAUAUUAAAUACAGAAAUGUAUGGACAUGUUGCUGUUAAACAUGAAAAUGAAAUGUAUAUUAUUGGUGGUUUUAAUGGGCAAAUGUUACCACAAAUAUUAAAAUUUACACCACCAGUAUGUGAAAAAAUAAAAGAUAUUAAUGAAUGUACAAAUAUAAAAAGUGGUAUAAAAUGUAUAUUUGAAAAAGGAAAAUGUAAAAAAAAACGUAAUGAUGUAACAUAUAGUAAAAAUUUUAUGGAUGUAAUCAAAUUUGAAGGUGAUGAUCGACGUUUGGAUAAUUGUUUAAGAAAUGAAUCAUUUAAUAAAUGUUCUUUGUACAAAAAUUGUAAAUAUUGUAAUCAUAGAAAAGAUUGCUCAUGGUGUAGUAGUAGUAAAAAAUGUUUAAAAAAAGGUGAAAAUUGUUUUAAUAUAAUGAAACGUGAUAUUGAUGAUGAAGUAAAAUGUAAUGAUGUAGAUUCAUUAGAUAUUCGAUAUUGUGGACUUGCAAAAAGUUGUUAUUCAUGUAAACAAUUAUCACAUUGUUCAUGGAUGAUGAUUGAAACAACCCAAACAUGUCUUACUCAUCAAGAAGAAGAAAUUAUAUUAAAAAAACAACGUCAAAGACAAAUUGAUAGAUUAGCAUUAUCAUCAGACUUCUCUCGUUCAACACAUUCACAUAAUUCUAGAGCAAUGAGUGUAAGUCAUCUUAUAAAUUCAUUACCAAGUUUAGCUUUAACACCAUCAAAUCAAACAUGUCCAAUUCCAUGUGCAAUGAGAACAUCAUGUAGUAGUUGUUUAAAUUCUCAAUGUAUGUGGUGUCCAAUGACACAACGUUGUGUUGAUACAGAUACAUAUAUGAUAAGUUUUCCAUAUGGACAAUGUAAAGGUUGGGUAACAGCAGUUAAUUUUCAAGUAUGUCAAUCAGAUACAUUUGAUUGUAAAGUUCAAAAAUCACCUGAAGAAUGUCAAUUAUCAGGACCACAUUGUGGUUGGUGUGAUAAUGGAUCUGGUACUGGUCUUGGACAAUGUAUACCAGGUAAUUUAUCAGGUCCACAAAAUUCAAGUGAAUGUAAAACAGAAAAUUGGUAUUAUAUUGGUGGACCACAAUGUCAAUGUAAUGGUCAUAGUAAAUGUAUAACAAAUCCAACAGUAUCUAAAAAACAUUCAACAUUGUCAACAAUUUUACAAGGAAAUUGUGGUGAAUGUAGUAAUCAAACGACAGGUGAUCAUUGUGAAAGAUGUGCUCCUGGUUAUUUUGGUGAUGCUCGUAAUGGUGGUUCAUGUCAACAGUGUGAAUGUAAUGGGCAAGCUGAUAAAUGUAAUCAUAAAACAGGUAGUUGUUAUUGUACAACAAAAGGUGUUACAGGUGACCGUUGUGAUCGUUGUGAACCUAAAUAUUAUGGUGAUCCAAAAAAUAAUAAACCCUGUUAUUAUGAUUUAGCAGUAGAUUUUAUUUUUACUUUUAAACUAGAUAAUGAGGAAUCAAAAGAUAAAUAUGUUACACAAAUAAAUUUCUUUAGUGUACCAUAUAAAAAAGAUACAGAUGUUCAAUUUACAGUUGUUUGUGAUGGAUUAUCAGGAGCAGAAGUUUCAUUAAAUUUAACAUCAACUGAAAGUGAUGGUGAAGUUAAGACAAAACAACUUAUGUUAAAAAAUAAAUGUGAUAAUAAAGGAAUUAGGAGAACAUAUAGUGCCGCAGAACCAGGAUUUGCUUUUGGUACAGAUGCCAAUACAACAUUUCUUGUCAAAGUUGAUAAUUUUAAAACACCUAUUAAAAUACAAAUUUCUUUUGCUCAAUCACCACCAAUUAAUUGGGUUUUAUUUUUUGUUAUUUUUGCUGCAUGUUUUAUUGUACUUCUUGUUGUAGCUGGUUUAUUAUGGAUGAUAAAAUUAAGAUUUCAAGAUUGGAGGGAAAAUCAAAGAAGAUAUGAUGAAAUUGAACAAAUGUCAUCAAGACCAUUUGCUUCUGUUAAAUUAGAAAUUAAUGGAACAAAAAAUACAACAACUCCUAUAUCAAUUGAACCUAGUGCUAAUUACAGAACAGGAAUAUUUAGUUGUGUUGUACGACUACCAACAGGUUCAACAAAUUACACCCCACACGGUACAUCGGGAAUAGCUGUAGCAUCAUCAAUUUGUUUUUUAACACCAGCACAACUAGCAUUAUUACAAACACCAGAGUCUGGAGAAAGUUCAGUAAUGAACUAA